GCUUGUUUUUGUCCUUUGGUUUCAUCUGUUUUUUUACCUGUGGGACUUCAGCAGCACCUGGGACUUUACAUUCCUCCCCUGGAGCAGCUCACACACUGUCAGCCCCCCCACCAGUGGACUAUGCCCCCUUCAUUCAGCUGAGGGAGGGGGGCGCCGCGCCGCUCAGGGUCCCAUCUGGAGAAGGCUUGAGCUGAAAUCAGAGAGGAGACGGUUCGGUUAUUGCUGAAGAUGCAAGCUUCAACUGUUUCACCUGUGACCAACCCUACUGUAACUUCAAACACCACCGUCACGAAGUCCAAAGAACAAAUCCUCAUCCAGAGUUCUGGGGCUAUGAUCGCUGUCAUCGUCAUAGGUAUCAUCAUCAUUCUCGCCAUUCUACUGAUCAUCCUGAAGACGUACAACAGGUGGACGCAUGCAUCCAGAGUCCUGGGAGGGAGCACCAAACCUCGUCCAAAGACGUCACAGUCCACAGUUCAGAGCAGCAUGCCGCUAAGCACUCUGGGAGUCAACUCCGUGUCGGGCACCUUCGCAAAUUCCAACCCGGUCUCAGAUAACAGCUUCCAUCUGCCCAGAGCGGAGCUGACCAGCGUGGAGGAGAACCACAUAGAGCAUUUCAGCACCACCAGUAGCUCCACCGUGGUCACCAUACAUGAAACUCCAUCAUUAGGGAACACAUAGCACCAAGACUGCGCUCUAGUCUCACAACUGGCAUUGACUGAUGCGUUGGCCUCGUCCGUGACCACACACGGUGCGUGUUGACCUUUAUAUACAGUCUAUGGUGUUGACUGAAUCCUGUGGACACUCAACCACGUGACGUCAGAUUUAUCACUGUCAAUCUUCACCAACUGAGCCACUGCUGGUCACUACAUGGAUGUACGUCAUUUUGGUGUACAAAAACACACACGAUGAACAAAAUGGUACCAGACACAGAUGCAAUGGAUCACAUGAAGGAUGUUGCAUGAAGAAAGCAUGUUUAGAGUAUAGACUCCAUUAAGUUUCUUAUUGUUUGUACUGUUCGUUGAUGUUCCGUCACUACUAAUACAAAGAAGAAAAUGUGUAGUUGGUCAUAAGUGUGUACAUUUCUGCAUAAAGGAGAACUCUAUAUUUUCAUAAGUAAAUGUAGAAUUAGUAGAAAAUAAAGACAGUGUGCUGGAUGAUAAUGGUUGCCAGCAUUAUUCAGGGCAGAUUUAUAUCAAUAAACAAUAUUCCUUGAUAAAUCUGGUUCACCUGGCAUCGCACUGUCUUUGUCUUCUGCCCACAGAUUCUCUCAGAUUAGUUUUACUUUAAUGAAUCUCUCAAAUGUCAAUGUAUUUUAUUUUUACUAUGUAGAAUGAAGAGACCACAGAGAAGUAGCUGAACACCCUGAUGUGAAUUCUCUUUUUUCAAACUUGACACCA